CGGGAAGGGUCUUUUGGCUGGCUGGCUGGCUGGCCCUCUCCGCUUGCCUGCCUGUCUGUUUUCCUUCUCUCUUUUUUCCUCUUUUCUCUUUUCUCUCUCUUCUCUGCUCGGCAGAGCGCGAAGCAUGGGCGGCUGCCCGGUUGCGCCCAGCCGUUCCGUGGCCUUCCUCCGCCUGGCUUGGCUGCUGCUGCUGCUGCUCCUUCUGGCCUCGGCUUUGGGCAAGACCAUUCGCUACCACACGUACGAGGAAGACCCCCCCGGCACGGUGAUCGGGACCUUGGCCGACGAGUGGCCCCUGAAAGGGGCGUCCGGAGGCGAGAGAACUUUCCGGCUGGUGAAGGCGCCGGGCAACGGGUCCCUGGUGCGGGUGCGCGAGCGGGACGGGCAGCUCAGCCUGGGCUCGGAGCGGCUGGACCGGGAGCAGCUGUGCGGCGACGGCGGGGGGCCGGCGGAGGCGCCCUGCCUGCUGGCCUUCGACGUGCUGAGCCUGGGCGGUCCGGCGGGGGCCCCGGCGCCCUCCCGCCUGCUGCACGUGGAGCUGGAGGUGCGGGACCUCAACGACCACGCGCCCCGCUUCCCGCAGCCGCUGGUGGCCCUGGAGGUGUCGGAGAGCGCGGCGCCGGGCACCCGCCUGCCGCUGCCCCUGGCGCACGACCCGGACGCCGGCUCCAACGGGCUGCAGAGCUUCGCCCUCUCGCCGGGCAGCCCCUUCGGCCUGGAGGCGCGGAGCCGGGCCGACGGGCUGCGCUGCGCCGAGCUGGUGCUGCUGCGCGGGCUGGACCGGGAGGCGCAGGCGGGCUACCGGCUGGAGCUGGUGGCGGCCGACGGCGGGAGCCCGCCGCGCUCGGGCACGGCCACGCUCAGCGUGCGCGUGCUGGACGCCAACGACAACGCGCCCGCCUUCCCCCGGGGCGCGCUCCUGACCCUGGAGCUGCCCGAGGACGCGCCGCCGGGCGCGCCGCUGCUGGAGCUGGCCGCGGCCGACGCCGACGAGGGCGCCAACGGGCAGCUGCUCUACGCCUGGGGCAGCCAGGUGGGCGCCGAGGCGCGCCGCCUCUUCAGCCUCGACCCGCUCUCCGGCCGGCUGGCCCUGCGCGCCCCCGUCGACCACGAGCGGCAGCGCGCCUACGAGCUGGACGUGCAGGUCAGCGACCGCGGCGCCAGCCCGCUCUCCGCCAGCUGCAAGGUGCUGGUCCGCCUGCUGGACGUCAACGACAACGCGCCCGAGGUGGCCAUCAGCGCCCUGGCGCCCGGAGGUGGCGGCGGUGGCAACGGCGGCGCGGAGCAGGCGGCGCGGGCCGGGCCGGCGGUGGCGUUGGUGAGCGAGGCGGCGGCCGCGCAGAGCCUGGUGGCGCUGGUCAGCACCUCGGACAGCGACGCGGGGGCCAACGGCCAGGUGCGCUGCGCCCUGCUGGCCGCGCCCCACCAGCCCUUCGCCCUGCAGCGCGCCUACGACGCCGCCAGCUACCUGGUGCUGACCACCGGCCCGCUGGACCGCGAGCGGGUGGCCGAGUACAACCUCACGCUGGUGGCCGAGGACUUGGGCUCGCCCCCGGCCAAGACGGUGCGCUCGCUCACGGUGCGGGUGGCCGACGAGAACGACAACGCCCCGCGCUUCGCCAAGGCCCGCUACGAGGUGGCCCUGCCGGAGAACAACCCCCCGGGGGCCUACCUGACCACCGUGGGGGCGUCUGACCCCGACUUUGGAUCCAACAGCAAGGUGAGCUACCGGCUGCUGGACGGCCAAAUCAUGGGGGCCUCUAUCUCCACCUACGUGUCGGUAGAUCCAGCCACCGGAGCGAUCUACGCCCUCCGAACGUUCAACUAUGAGAUCCUGAAAGAGGUGGAGUUGUCCAUCCAAGCCACGGACGGGGGAUCUCCUCCGCUCUCCAGUACGGCCUUGGUCAAGGUACGGGUGAUGGACCAAAACGACAACGCUCCGGUCAUCACUUCUCCUGCGCUCACCAAUGGGUCCCUUGAAAUUGGGGUGUCCAGCAGAGCUUCCAGGGACUCCCUCGUGGUCCACGUCAAAGCCAGGGACGCAGAUGAGGGGGUCAACGCAGAGCUGAGCUUUGCUUUCUCGGAAGAUCCCCAGCAGCAGGAAAGAUCUCUAGAUCUUUUUGCCAUCAACCAGAAAACGGGGGAGGUUACGCUCAGGAGGAGCUUAUCUGAAGAACAGCUGGGCCAAGUCUAUCCUUUGCUUCUGACUGUGGCAGACAACGGGCUGCCACCUCUCUCCACCACUGUCGUGGUCAACUUCCUGGUGACUGCAUCGCUACCUCCCUCUAGUGGCCAGGAGUCGGUGGCCAAGCCCAGCUCUUGGGAAGACCAACCUUUGCAGUGGGAUGUCCCCUUAAUCGUCAUCAUUGUCCUGGCUGGAAGUUGUACGUUGCUCCUGGUGGCCAUCAUCACCAUUGCUACCACUUGCAACCGGCGUAAAAAGGAGAAGAAGGUGGUCUUGGAGGAACCUCUUGACACUUCUCAACUGGAGCAGGGCCAUCAGGAUGGAAGCGCCAGUGACGGUGCCCUCAACCCCUCCAGCCCCCACUUUGACGUGCAUUCCUUCCCCAGCAAAUCUUCCUUCGCUAGUCCCGAGCCGUCUCCAGACAGCGAAGAUAUUCCGGUUUCUGAGCACAGCCGGGAAACCACCAGUCUGUACGACAGCCAGAACCGACUUCGAGGAGCGAACGCGGAGUCUUACACUUCCACCCCUAGUUACGGCAAAGAACCCGCAGCCCCGGUCGCCAUGUGGAAGGGCCACUCCUUCAACACUCUGUCGGGCCGGGAAGGAGACAAAUUCAGCGGGAAAGACAGCGGCAAAGGGGACAGUGACUUCAAUGACAGCGACUCUGACAUCAGCGGAGAUGCCCUGAAGAAAGACCUGAUCACCCACAUGCAGAACGGGCUGUGGGCUUGCACCGCCGAAUGCAAACUGCUGGGCCACUCGGACCGAUGCUGGAGUCCUUCUUGCGCUCAGACCAACCCCCACACCUCCCCCCACCCCAAAACCCAGCUCUCCACCUUCUGCAGGACCACCUCCUUGCCCCGGGACACCCUCCAUCGGGACCACUUCUACCCCGCCCAGCUGCCGAAGACGGUCGGUCUGCAGAGCGUCUACGAGAAGGUUUUGCACCGGGAUUACGACCGGACACUAGGUCUGAGGUCCCCUCCUCAUCCGGGGAGAUUGCCUGACCUUCAGGAGAUCUCGGUGCCUUUAUACGAAUCUCCCUCUCAUCAUUAUUUAGGUUCUCCUUCCGAGACCAGCAAAAAGGUUUAAAACACCUCCCAGCCCUGGAGGGGUGUGAGCGUUAAGCCACUGGCCCUCGUUGAGGAAAGAGACCUCAACGUCUUUAUUUCUAAAAAGCUGCACCGGUUGGGGAGGGUUCGUUCUCUUCCUCCUUUGCAGCAGGACCGCGACUCUGAGCAUGUGCAAAGUGUCUCUCCCACCACUUCGUCUCUCCCAAGAUUCCGGGAGGGGGGGGGAGAAAAAAAACUUUUUUAUAUCUCUUUUGAUAAACGAAACGUUGCUUUGAUUCUCUCCACUCCCAUCUACGAAUGGACUCAGAAAGUUUGACGUCCCCAAGACAUUGUGAACGGGGUCUGAUGAUGUAUAUAAGUUUUAAGUAAAACGUGCCUUAAAAUACAAUAAUGCGAAUAUGUACAAACAUACCGUACACGCAUAUCAGCUAUGGAGAGAGAAAAAAAGGUGUGUCCCGAGUAUAUUUGUACAUGCGUACACCCAGAAUUACAUGCAUAAAACAUGCAUGUGUGUCUUCUGUACAGAUAAGACAAUGACGUAUAAAUGAAGUUGUUGGGAAGAAUUUCCCAUUGCAUCGGUGCUGUUUGAUAUUUGCAAACGAGAAACUCUUGUUAAAUGUAAUUUUUAUGAAAUGUGCAGUAUUUAAUGAUUUCCCCAGAUUCCCUCCUUCGUUUCACUCACCGUCUGCAUUCAUCCCCUUUUUCGCUCGAACCUGUAUAUCAUGUAAUGUACUGUUUGUAUAUAGAGACAGAUCAUUCUAUUUUUAUAUAAUAAAACCUUGAGGAUCAAAUCUUCUUUCCAAGGAAAAUAUUUAAAAGAUACAUUCAGAAAAAAGAGUGAGAGAGAGCGCCAGCCGUGAAUCUUGUAGGCAUCCAUAAAACAAUGUUAAUGUUAGCUAAGCUGUUGCUUGUUGUUAGAAAGACAGCUUUGCCAAGUGUGAAUUGUGUUGCUGAAGUCCAUGGUGAGUUUCAAACUAAAUGUGGAUUAAUUAUUCUGUGUCACUUUGUGCAAAACACUAAUAAAGGUUAUG